GUGGAAGCUUUGUCUUCCCUCUCUGCAUAAAAUGGGAGAAAGGGAUUGUUUUGAAACCAUGGAAGAAGAAAACAGAGGGAUUUCCCCCCCUCCACCCAGCUGCAGCCAGGCCAUGCCUUCUUUUCCUGAACACCAGAGAAACCGGUUUCCUCUAUCUGAACAGACAUGCAAAACACACAGACAGACACACCUACACGGAAGGACUCUUCCUCACACAUGCACACACUCGUUUUAAAAAAACAACAAAAAAAAACACAACCCCACCCGCUGCCAGCUGUUUCUGGUUAGGCAGUUGGGGCAAGCAGUGAAGAGGAGGAGCCGGCAGGCCAGAGUCAUGGAGCGGCAGCUGGAGCUCGCUGCCCUCGGUCUGGCUCUCACAGGGUGGCUUUGUGCCAUUCUGACACGCUGCCUGGCCCUGUGGAAGGUGAGCGGCACCCUGGACAACACCACGGCUACUCUGCCCGCCUACUGGGAUGGGGUGUGGCUGGAAUGGGAUCACUGGGAUUUGGCCCACGAUGGCAGCUUGCACUGCUCCUUCUACCAGUCUCUCAUGUCUCUCUCUGGAAGCUUUCGGACGUGGAGAGCCCUCAUCAUGGCUGCCAUCGGAGCCGGGGCUUUUGCUGCGGUGAUAGGAGCAGCGGGGGCGGUGUGGUUCCCUACGCGUGGCCAGGUCAAAGUGUUUUCUGGUACUCUCUUUGUUUUGUCUGGGAUCCUGCUGUUGAUUCCCACAGCCUGGACGUGCCAUCACACCAGUCAGCCACUGGAGGGUGCUGUGCUGCUGAGAAGAGAUUGGGGACCAGCGCUGUACCUGGGAUGGAUCUCCUUUGUGUUGAUGGUGUCUGGAGGGGUGUUUCUCACCACCAGAUGCCCCACUGGCGAAAGGCAGGCGCAGCCUCCUGAAGAGAGCACCAACCCCAAUCUUGAGGAGGCUACUCACCCACUGAGCCAAAUCAACAGGACUACGUUCACACACAGCCAGUAUGGACGCAGAUCAGAGCCUAUCUGAGGGGACUGUGAAGUAAUAUUUAAAGUGUGAAUGAGUAGAAUUCUGAUGCACGGACUUAACUAAGCAUUAACAUAAGUAGAAGCACAGCGAUGUGUCAUGCCACUAGUUUUAUUGGUAGGGAUGUUGAUGGUAGGACUUUAAAUUUGCACCUUGUUUUGCAUUUGUGUUUCUUCCAUUUCCACUUAACCUAACACACUGUAUAGCAUUGUUUUACAUUCACUCCUCAUUUCCCGCCUCCAAUAUCACUGUAAAAUUACACUUGUGUUUGCUUUACUUGAUGCAAUUACUGAUACUAAACUGACAUCAAGACACUACA